AAUCACUGAAUAUAUAGCUAUCAUUUGGUAGCAUAUUAUCAACCAAGAGAAUUGAUAAUAAGAUAAUAAUACUUCAAAACGUCUUUAGCUCCUCCUUCUCCAUCUCCAAGGAGGUAUAUUCCACAUCCACCAUGAAGGGUGAUCAAGAACUACAAGUCAGCGUUCAGCAGGGAAAAGAACCAAACCCAACAGUUCAAGAUGAAAGAAACUCAGUCGGUAGCAACCACACAAACAUAUACAAACGGUGGCUCAGGGUGAUUAUCUACACAUUCUUUGUCAUUUCAGGACAAUCUGUUGCUACAAUUCUAGGAAGACUAUACUAUGACAAUGGAGGAAACAGCAAAUGGCUAGCAACAGUAGUUCAACUUGUAGGCUUUCCUGUUUUGCUUCCAUAUUAUCUCUUCUCAAUCAAAACACACACAACAACUCAUGGAGAUGAUGGCAAAGCAGCCUCACAUAGGAACCGUGUCUUAGUUUACUUAGCUCUUGGUGUUCUUGUAGGAGGAGAUUGCUACCUUUACUCCAUUGGACUGCUUUACCUACCCGUUUCUACCUUUUCUCUGAUCUGUGCAUCUCAGUUAGCCUUCAACGCUUUCUUCUCUUAUUUCCUCAACUCACAAAAACUCACUCCAAUCAUUUUGAACUCUCUUUUGCUCCUAACUAUCUCUUCCAACCUCCUAGCCUUCAAUAAUGAGGAAUCAAAUUUCAAAAAAGUAACAAGAGGACAGUAUGUCACAAGUUUCAUAUGCACCAUUGGUGCUUCUGCCGGAUUUGGUCUAGUCUUAUCAUUACAACAGGUAGCCUUCCGUAAAGUCCUAAAGAGGCAAACAUUCUCAGAAGUUAUGGAUUUGAUCAUCUACGUGAGUCUAGUGGCCAGUUGUGUUAGCUUGGUGGGGCUUUUCUCUAGCGGAGAGUGGAAAACUUUGAGCAGUGAAAUGGAUCGCUACAAGCUUGGAAAGGUGUCGUACGUUAUGAACCUAGUGUGGACGGCUGUUAUCUGGCAGGUAUUCAACAUUGGUGGCACGGGGCUGAUCUUCGAGCUUUCCUCUCUGUUCUCAAAUGCUAUAAGCGCGUUGGGACUGCCUGUGGUUCCUGUACUGGCUGUCAUCAUUUUCCAUGACAAAAUGAAUGGGUUGAAGGUGAUUUCUAUGAUCUUAGCUUUUUGGGGUUUCAUGUCAUAUGUCUACCAACACUAUCUUGAUGAUAAAAACUUGAAGAAAAGUAUUGGAAUCCCAACAAGUGGAUCCUCUGACUCACCAGAAGCAAAAGGGUCAGGUGGGCAAAAGAUACAGACUUCAGCCUAGUUUAAACAUAAUAUAUUUGGGAUGCAACUCAAGUGAAGUCUGAGCGUGAUUUUUUUCCCUAUUUGCAUCAUUGCAACAGUUAGUAGGCUUAGGUUAAACUAAAUAAUUAAAUAUUGUGAUGUAGUUUUAAAGAAGACUACCCAAAUAAGAUUAGCUCAGUAUAAAA